GCAAUGUCACGUGUUAGUGAGCGCGCUCUCCCGGUCUACCUCCAGACACUCCGACAGUCGGAGAACCUAGGAGAAGAAGUGCUGGCAGAUCAGCAGCAGGUGGUGGAGCUGGACAAGAGGAGGCAAACCAACAGACAGGCUAUCAGGGCUGUUAAAAACGAGGAGGAGCAGAGAAACAUGUGGGUUAUGAUGGGCAAUGAGUUCGUUAAAGUCGAGAAGAAAGUUUUGGAGUCGUGGUUGGAGGGUGAUCAGAAAGUUUUGGAUAAGGAGAUAAACUCGAUACGGGAUGAACUGAAGCAUAAGGUGCAGGCUUUGAAACAGUUGGAGGGUGAGGAGAUACCUAAAGGGUUCUUUUUAAACGCCAUGUCAAAGAACUCUCUGUCAAAUAUCAGUGGUGAGACCGGACGGGUCACUGAACGGUAUGUGGACCAGUGAGGUCACGUGCUAUUUGGACAAGACUUCGUCGUUUUAUUUAAUCUGUGAAGGAGAAUUGUUGCUGCUGAGGAAUGUUUUUAUGAUCUGAUUUAACAUUUUUGAUCGAAUUGUUUUUGAAAAUCGAAUUUUUGAACCAGAUGUUUUAUUGAUUUUUAUUUAUUUUAUUUGUUUAGCUUUU